GAUGUGCGCAUGCGCGAAGCGAUCGCUAGCUGUCAUGGCCCUUCUCAGCGAAGAGUUCUGCAGGCAAGUAUGUAGCAGCUGCACACCGCUGAUAAAAGGACGGCAGUUGUUGAAUUCAGGAUGAAUGAGAUGAAUCUGAGUCCAGUGGGCAUGGACCAGCUCAGUGUGCCCUCRGUGAGUGCCAGCCACCUGGGUCUGCCCACCUCUCCCACACACAAUCCCAUCCCCACUCCAGGCAUGCCAGUGGCCAUCCCCAGUUUGGGUCCUUCCCUGGGUUCGCUGCCUUCUGCUCUGUCUCUGAUGCUCCCCAUGGGCCCACUGAGUGACAGAGGGGUGAUGUGCGGGUUGCCAGAGAGGAAUUACUCCCUGCCGCCUCCCCCGUACCCCCACCUGGAGAGCAGCUACUUCCGGCACAUUCUACCAGGGUGCACGUUGUGCGAGCGCUCGUAUACCUCAGACUGUCCGGAACACGGCCCCGUCACUUUUGUCCCCGAUGCGCCGAUUCAAAGCAGGGCUCGCCUGUCUCUGCCCCGUCCUCUGUGCCUGCGCAUCUCAGUGGCCGACGAACCCCUCGGAGUUUUUGCCCGGGACGGCAUUCCUCCGAGGACCUGCUUUGGACCGGUGGUGGGUCAACACUGCAGCAACGUGGAUCUCUCCGAUUGGCCGGAAAAGGAGACGCCUCAGAUAUGGAAGAUGUACCACAACAACGUGCUGGACUUCUACAUCGUGACGACCAACGAGAACGAAUGCAACUGGAUGAUGUUCGUCCGGAAGGCCAGGACCCACGAAGAGCAGAACCUGGUGGCGUAUCCCGCCAACGGUAAACUCUUCUUCUGCACGACCACAGAGAUCCACCCGGACCAGGAGCUGCUCUUCUACUACAGUCGAGACUACAGCAGAAUGAUGGGUGUUCCUCAGGUGCCUGAAGGUCAGAUCUGYCAGUGCGGUAAAGAAUGCUCCUCCUUCUCUGAGCUGAAGUCUCACCUGAGCAACCACAACCAGCCGGGUCACGACCACAGCCCGCCUCAGCAGCAGCAAGCAGCCCCUCAGCAGGAGCAGCAGCCGCAGCAAACACAACACGUUCACCAGGAGGAGAAGCUCCCCAACGSGACCUCCAGCUCCUCCUCCUCCUCCUCUCCUUGGCCCUGCACCAACCACACAGCAGGACAAACGAGCAGCAGCAGGAGCUCCAACAGCGUCGCCUCCAGAGCUAAAAGCCAGGGUUCGGUCCGGGAGAAGAAGUACCAGUGCAGCAUGUGUUCCCGGGCCUUCAUCACGUCCUCCAAGCUCAACGUUCACUUCAUGGGUCACGUCGGGAUGAAGCCUCACAAGUGCGAGUACUGCAGCAAGGCCUUCAGCGACCCCAGCAACCUGAGGAUGCACCUGAAGAUCCACACAGGUCAGAAAAACUACAAAUGCACGGUUUGUGAGAAGUCGUUCACUCAGAAGUCUCACCUGGCUUCACACAUGCUGAUCCACACCGCAGCGGAGAAGCUGAAGUGCGAUCUCUGCGAGCGGACGUUCAUCAGAAAAUAUGACCUGAAGCAGCACAUGCUCUCCCACACGCAUGAAAGUCAGAUUCAGUGCCCCAAGUGCGACAAGCGCUUCCUGAAAACCAACCACCUGAAGAAACACCUGAACUCCCACGAGGGCAGGAGAGACUUCGUCUGUGAGAAAUGCCACAAAGCUUUCCUCACCAAGUACCACCUGACGCGACACCUGAAGAUCUGCAAGGGCCCUAAGAUGGAGAGAACGAGUCGCAAGGAGCAGAACGUCGAGGAGGAAGAGGAGGAGGAGGAGGAUGAUGAAGAUGAGGAGGAGGAGGAAGAGGAGGAUGAAAGCAGAGAGGGAGGAAGAGGUGAGGAAGAACUGAUAGAUGCAGCUAAUGAUGAAGACUGUGGUUUAGACGUUGGACGUUAUAACUCUGAAAAAUCCCAGUCACCUUCUCAUAGAUGAUACUGUGCCUCUAUUUAUUUACCAUGAAGCUCAUUUACCUCUUUUUACUAUUUUAUAAAACAUAUAUGACCUAUUUAAACAAAUGCUGCACUUUGCAUUAUUAUUAUUUAAAAAAAAGAUCAUGUUUCUCAUAAAUAUUGGUGCUGCUAAUUUAAAAUUAUUGUAAUUCUGUGAAGUUUUUUAUUUUAAACGGUUUAUUAUACGUUUCUCCCAUACUCUGUAACAUGGAUGAUGUGUUUUAGUUAUAGAACAGAAAUAAAAAUUUAAACAAAAUCUGAUGCAGUUUAAAUAUAAAACGACAUCACUUUUACUCCCAAUUUUGUAUUUUAAUAAUUACAAAAACAAUGUACGACUUAGGUUGAUUUAAUACAAAUCUAUUCCAUUUGUUGAGUCAUUUAAAACAAAAACAAGGACGUAAAUAACCUUACAAAUUUUUUUAAUACAUACAUUGUGAUGUUUGUAAACAGUUUUUUUCAUGUCUGACGUGUAUAUAUUGUUAUAAAUACAAACAUUUUGAUAAAAUUUGUUGGUUUUUCUUA